UCUACGCUUGUGUAUGACGUGGCUUGGGGCUUUACUAACACACAACAAAAUUCUACUGUAUUUUUUUCUGAUAGGGGUAUUGGAGAGUGGGAGUUGUGUGACAACAAAGUGAAUUCAGAGAUACUGUGAGAAAUGUCUGACAAUGAAAAUAUAGAACCCACUGCCUCCCCUGAGUCUGAAGAUGUUCAUAGCUUAGUGGGAACCCCAGAUACUACAGCACAGAGCAAAUCAGGAAGUAAUGAUGCCAGUGAAGUAACUGAGUUAGUGACCCGUAAGCGACCUGAAGCCAAAUGCUGCAGUGAGCCAUUGUUGGAGAAAGAACAUGACAGUGCCAUUGGGGAUACACAAAAGGAAUGUACUUCUAACCAGUCCCAGGGAGGCUGGGGUUACUGGGGAAGCUGGGGCAAGUCUUUGUUAACAACAGCCAGUGCAACGGUUGCAUCUGUAGGUCAUGGUAUUUCUCAUGUAAUUGAAAAAGCAGAGUCCUCACUUGGGAUUCCCAGUCCUGAAGAAUUAUCAACAGAAGCUGAAAAAGAAGAGGACUUACAGAAAGAUGGCAUAAAUGUUGAAGAGAGCUGCCCUGCCCAAGAGAACGAAAGUGCAUCACCAAUCAGUGGGGCAUUUGGAGUGUUUUCAGCUAUUACGCAUGUUGUUCAGAACACUGGGAAGACUGUUAUAACCGGUGGUUUGGAUGCUUUGGAGUUUCUAGGUAAGAAGACAAUGGAUGUAAUAGCAGAAGGAGACCCUGGAUUUAAAACGACCAAAGGAUUGAUGAGUAGAAACUCCACGCUUUCACAGGACAAAGACUUAGUACUGAGAACAGCUUGGUCAGGAAAUCCAAUACAAGUCAAUGGAAAAAAUAUAAGAUUUGAUAAUGACUACACUUCCACUACAAUAACAAAACGAAAAGAAUGUGUUCCUUUUAUCAAAAACUUGAAAAAAGCUGAUAUAAAAGCUCAGGUUUUAGUCCCAGCAAGAAUCAAAAUUACCCUCUCGGAUGGUCAAAAAAUAUUUAACAAUCUUGAAGAAGCAGCAGACUUUGUGAAGAAAAGGAAACUGUUGGAUAAAAUAGAAGAUAUGGACAUCUCAUUACCAAGUUUGGAAAGACAAGCUAUUAAUGGUAAAUUAUCCACAAAUGACAAAACUAAUAAAAAACUAAAAGGCUGUUACUACUGUGUGAAAUCAGUUUUGGCAGCAUUGGCCGGGGAAGACAGAGAAACUCUUAAGCAGGAACUGGAAGAGAUUAAAGAAGCAUUUUCGUUGGUUGAAUUUGAUGAUGAAGAUGAAGAUGUCUCUAAAAUUGAUGAUGAAGAAUUUGUUAAAGAGCUGACAGAACUUUUAGCAGAACUCCGUGUAACUACAUCACCAGAAAAACUUGCCAAGGCAAGAAAAGCUGCUUAUGAAUGGAUAGCAGAUGUACAUGCAAAUUCAUCAUCAGAAAAGGAGAUUGAAAAAGAAGAACAAAAAGAAGAGGGAUUUGAACAUACCAGUCAAUGUGUAGUAGAGGAUAUCCAUAAUUUGGCAAUCAGAAGCUUGGCAGAACUGACAGCUCGUUCCAUAGAGCAGUUCCAUAAAAUAGCUGCAUUAGUACUUCAUGGUCAGGAAGGAAGGGUUUCAUCAGUUGUCAGAGCCAAAAGUCUUGCACAAAUGACCAUCAUGUUAUGUAAAGAAGUGUCUGCCUUAUCCAAGCAGUUUACAUCUUGCUUGACAACAAGUGGGAUGAAGGAGAAAGCAGACGUUCUUAACCCUUUAAUCACCACCGUAUUCUUAGAGGCCUCCAACAGUGCUUCUUAUAUCCAGGAUGCAUUCCAACUUCUUCAGCCAGUACUGGAAAUUUCUCACAUCCAGACUUUCAGAGACUUUUCACAGCAAUAAGGAACAGUUGUUUGCCAGCAUCCACUGCUGCAUGGCUCUGCUUAACUGACUAGACAUUUAAGAACAUUGCUUCCUUGAGGAAGAGAAUGAUCAUGUAAACCACUAUGAAGUGCCAUUGUUAAUGAGUUGUGGGCAGCAAGACUUGUUCGUGAACUGUCUUACUACUAUCAAGUGGUGGCAGCAAAACUACACAGGCAUAAUUUCUUUCAUCAUAAAAAGACAUUUUAACAUUUUAUAGUCUUUAAAUUGUUCUUUUUUUUAGUAUGAUCAGAUUGCUUGUAGACUGUAAAUGUAAAGUGGUUGCAAAUUACAGCAGAUCUAAGUUUUGAACCGAGUUACUACUAGCACUUUAUGGUGAUACUGAGCUUGCUUUGAGUUAAAUGAAACACUGUGCUAAAAUAUUAGAAUGGAAAUUCUUUUAAUCAUACAGAACGAAACACUUGUGGUUAUACUUCGCUGAGCUGCAAAAAUAUAAAAAGUAUAUAUUGUACAUGUUAUUUUGUCUUCAGAACUCAGCACAACCAGGUAUAGAUUCAGAUGUAUUAAAAAGAAAAACAGUCAUACCACAGCAAUUUUAUUGCUAUCUCACAUCAAAUGGUAGUGCAAACCAGAAGCGUAGCUGGUUCAACCAGCGCCCUGCACCAGUACUGUGAACCAGCAAGCACUUUGCACUAAUAAGCCGGUUUCAAAGAUUGGCUUAUUACAGUUCUAUGCCCCCAACCCCAUCUCUCUUCCUCUAAUGUGUAAAAGAAUAAAUAAAUAAAUAAAUAAAAUGGAUGUUCCCAGAUGGCCAGAUACAUGACAUCACUCCCCUGCCCCCAGCUAUUCGGGUCCUAUUUCUGUGCCCUGCACCCAACUCUCCUUUAACUCAUUUUAAUUAAAAAAGGUCUUAGUUUUAAACAAUAGUACACUGUUUGCUACAAAUGUAGCAAGUCAUUACAGUAGUUUAUACCCUGCCAGCACAGAGUGUUACAGCACUCAUAUUUUAGAUCACACACGGAGCACUACAGUACUCAGGUUUGACUGCAAGCCGGUAUUGCAUUGAAGAAAGAUUGGAAUUAGCUGACAGCCGAUUGCACCCCCAACACUUUGCAGUUGCCCUCUUGCCCCACCCUAGCUACAGUACAGACUUUCAUGGCUUGAGUGUGGUUAUACAUACAAUACAACUCCCCCACCUCACUCCUGGGUUGUUUUUUCAGACACUACAUAGUAUGCCUUUUAAUGUGAGUCAGGGCUCAGUGAUAGCACUUCCAGCAAUCCAGAUCAUUUGACCACUGAGCAUCUCAAAUGCAAUGAAUGCUUUUCAUUUGGUCAGGAGGAAGAAGAGUUAGUUAAAUUAGAAUACUAACAUAUUUUGGAAUGUUACCCAUAAAUAAGGAAAGCAACAUCUCCACUUUGCUGAUUUUGUGAUAAUACUUUACAUAAGAAAGUGUCAAACAUGGCCUGAAAUAUACACUCUUAAGCCUAAACUUCCAUUUGUGUAGCUGAUCAAACACCCAUUUUUACAAUACGUUUCUAGCUAAAGAUUCUUGCUGUGGAACUUUUGUCUCUUUCACUUAUGCUUUAGUUAACAUGUAUCACUGUUGCAUGAAAUUUGCAAUCCCUGUGAAACAAAUAGGUGCAUUCUUCUGUAAGACCUGACUGGAUUCUGUCUUUUAAAAAGAUUCAGCUUUGGCACACUGAUGUAUCCAAACAAAAACAGAAGAAGUAGACUUUUGCUGCAGAGAUCUUUGUUGAUUACUUUUAAAGCUGAAUUAGUCUUAAAAGAUUCAGUGGCAAACUGUAAACAUUUGUUCUUAUAUUUUGUAUUAAAUAAUCUGAGUAAUUUUAUUGUUUUUGAGAAGUUAUGUGGCCACCGUCUCUGAUACAAUCCUUUCCACAGGGAGACAUGCCUUCAUUCUUCUUAUUAUAUUUACUGUUUAAAAUUUUUGUGCAUAGUUUUUCAUUGAGGACUUGCGUGCUCGCCCCGCCCGAUUUUACUAUGAGAGACUGUAACACAGUUUUUCACAUCACAGAUGUUUACUCCUAUAUGUUCGAAAACUGCUACAUUCAAAGUAAUGGGACAGCUGAAAUCAAUAUUUUUUCAAGGGGCUAGGCCACCCUGUACCCCCUGAAUUUGUGUGUGUGUGUGUGUGUGUGUGUGUGUGUGUGUGUGUGUGUGUGUGUGUGUGUGUGUGACUCCACAGUCUCACAUCAUUGGGGAAGGGAAAUAACUCCCAAAAGCAGUGCACCUCUAUCUAAGGCAAUCACUUGUUUCACUCUAACAUCAGCAAGUAAGUGAUUUCUGAUGUCAUGCAUCAAGGGUGCAAGGGGGAAGCAGCUUGUCCUGUUUGAAGAACAGAUAGCUCUAAACCUGUUAUUUUCAGUCCUGAAGUUAAAGUCUAUGAGCAUUCCCAAAUGUAGGCUUCAUGAGACAGUAUUGCCUUCUUGCUUACUGUGUGUAUCAUUAUGUGACAUGGAAAUGGCAGUCAUAUGGACACCACACCCUUUCAGAUAAAUACAUAUAUCAUUGUGGGGUCUUGAUGGCAUUUUCUCCUGCCUCCAUUGCAGAACAGCUUCCCAAAUUGAGUAAUUCUUUUUUUGUCUUUUCUGAAUGUGAGAGCCGAGUUGUUGCCUUGUUUUGGGCUGUUUUAUGGAUAUAUAGUACAUCAAACCCUAUGUGUUCCCCACAGACUACAUGCUAGAACCUCCAGAUUGUUAAAGUUGUGUUAUAAUUAGUAUUGUGCUGUCUGAUGUAGGACCAAUCAUGCUACAUUACAGCAGAAAUGUCUUCCCCAUUAAUGCUAAUCUGUUUGUAGAUAAUUUUGUUGAGAAGAGCUUGCUCUGAUAUUAUAGUUAUGCCAUACUGCCCCCCUGAGGCUGUGUGUGUUGCUAUCAUUGUGGACCAAGAUGUCCUUCAGCAUCUUCCUAAGUCUUUGGUCAAUACGUUACAGCCUUGGGUUCAUGUAUUCAGUAACAGUAGACCUAGAAGUUGACAGAGCUAAUGUUUUGUGAGUAAAGAUCCUUCACUGGGUCACUGGUGCUAUCACUGUGGUUGUAAAAUAACAUCAGACUUUCUGUUGUCCACAUACUGAAUGUACUUUUAAUAUGGGUCGUUACAUUAGUAUCAGUUGAA